GCUAUGUAACCAAAUAGAGGGCUGCGCUCAAGAUAAUAAAUAUUAGAAUAAAAGAAGCGCUUUUAUUUUACAUAUGACAAAAUGUCGGUGGCGUUUUCAUCGGCGCGCCCCAGGAGUAAAGGGGAGGUGACACAGCAAACGAUUCAAAAGAUGCUGGAUGAAAACCAUCAUUUAAUACAAUGUAUAAUGGAUUACCAAAGCAAAGGCAAGACAGCUGAAUGCACACAGUAUCAGCAGAUCCUGCACAGGAAUCUUGUUUACUUGGCCACGAUAGCAGAUUCCAAUCAGAACAUGCAGACACUACUACCUGCACCUCCCACUCCCAACAUGUCCAUGGGUCCUGGAGGGAUGGGCCAAAGUGGGGGACACGCUCCAAGCAACCUCAAUGACAACAUGGCAUCAGGACUGCCCCCCACAUCAAUGAUGCAGAGCCAAAUGAGCAAUGGCCCCAGCCAUGCCCCCAUGCAGCAGCAGUCUGGUCAGGUGCAGUCGGCUAUUCCCUCUGCGUCCCUCAGCCUGCCAGCCAGCAGCUACGGUAGCGCAGCCUCAGCCUCCGGCUACAGCCACGUUGCACCCUCCUCCCAGGGCAGCAUGAUCCAGGGCCCUGGGACUGGCUAUGGCUCUUCCUCCUCUUCUUCCUCCACAUCCUCCUCUUCCUCCUCCCGCAGCAACCUCAACAUGCAAUCCAAUCAAGUCUCCAUGAUGCACCAACAGUCUGCCACUCCACACUACUCCUCAGCCCAGGCUGGGGGCCAACACUAUCAGGGACAGCAGGCCAUGGGUAUGAUGGGUCAGGGCAGUCAAGGAAACAGUAUGAUGUCUCAGAGACCCAUCGGAUCCUACCGCUCCUCACAGCAAGGAUCUGCACGGCAGUACAUGGGACAAGACGAGUUCUACGGAGAGCAGUAUGGACACACUCAGAGCUCCAGCGAGCCCAUAAACCGGCAAUAUUACCCUGAUGGUCAUGGGGAAUACUCGUAUCAACAGUCUUCCUAUGGUGAGCAAGGCUACGACAGAUCCUUUGAUGAAUCUUCACAGCAUUACUAUGAAGGAGGUAACUCUCAGUACAGUCAACAGCAGGCCCAGUAUCAGCAAAGCGCCGGGCAGCAGCAGCCCUUCAGCCAGCAGCAGUACUCCUCUCAACAAGGCUACAGCGGACAGCCACAGGGAUACGGUCCUACCCAGGGUGGAUCCUCGCAAUAUUCUCAGUAUCAGCAGGGUCAAAGCCAACAGUACGGCUCCUACCGCUCCUCCCAGGGAGGCCCUGGAGCGCAGACGCAGAGGCCCUAUACCUAUGAACAGGGUCAGUAUGGAAAUUAUCAGCAAUAAGGUUCCACAUUGCUUUCCUGUUUGAAGAAAAUGAAAAAGGAACGGUUCAACAGGGACUCUCUUGCUCAGCUUUGGAUCAAAAGAUCUGACUGCAUCAGAUUUAUUAUCCUCUCAUUAAUCAUUAUUCUAGCAAAGAAUGCAUAAUCUAGUCAAAUGUGAAUCUUUUCUCAUCUGUUUUGCUCACUACAGGAUUGUAGCUGAAGGUGUGAAGUACUACUGGCCAACCUACGAAAAGUCAGAGUGCUAUUAGAAUCAAGGUAGUUAAUGUAACCCUUUCAUAUGGAUUAAAUGGGUUACUAAAAGUAGCAUUAAAGUAUUUCGGCAAGCCUCAGCAAAUUGCCUGUAUCCUUCUCUUUCUUUCCUGUUUAUGCCUUUUCACCUGUCUUUAUCCCAUCCCCUGCUUUUGAUGUUAUUUUACAAGCCUCUUUUUGGUGAACAGAAACAGGCCCAUGGUUUGUGAGAACGAGGCUAUAAAAAGGAAAUGCUCCUUGAUAUUCAUCUACACGACUAGGUUCAAGCUCUUGCUCUAGUUGAGACGCUGUUAUAUCUCCUGAUUAAGGGAAUUAAUUUUAUGAAGGUGAAAACGUUGGUUCUUAAACCUGACUUGAUUAGGGGGUUUGUCUGUGUUAGUCAAACUGUGAUGUGUUGCUGUGUGGUCUAACAUUACGUGUUUUCACUGUCUACGUAUGUCUUUCUGAGGUAAUAGACACAAUAGUUAGCCGACUGAUCCAGACAAGUGUGUAUCAUUGUCCAUGAUAGUCAUACAUCGUGGUAGUAUUUUUGGUAUAUAUUUUGGGUGGCAUUGCUCUACGCAGACACAACGUUAAUGUGCAGAGUUACACUACUCUGAUGCCAAUCAGUAAUGAUUUUACAUAAAAACACAUUGCCACUUUGUCUGCACUUUAUUUUGCAGUGACAGUGUAUGUAUUGUCGGAUAUUUUGUAUUAUAGUGCAAUUCGGGCUGUUUUUAACGAAUAAUCCUCAAAAAGCCAAAGUAACACAGGGUCAGAAUGGUAACGUGUCCUGCACCUCUACUUCAAUAAGUGCAAUACACUCAUGUUGAGGAUGCUUCCUAAUGGUGAACUUAAUCUGUAAUAUCAUUAUGUGUGGUUUGUUGCCAUACAUUUAUGGCAAAGACUAGGUCUGGUUUGUCUAAUGUUAUGUUGCAGGUUUCAACUGACAUGUAAUAUUUAAUUAUUUUCUGUAUUUAUGUGAUUUGUGGACAGAUUAUGUGGAGUAUUUCAUCACAAACAUAAAGCUUUUUUUCAAUGAAAACUUUUAUCAUUAUCUUUUGUAUUAGAUGAAAAAAAAGAAUCCUAAGAAAACAAGACAAGGGGUAUAGAAGGUACAUUUUGUAUCUAUCAAUGUGUUAUUACAAAAUGGACAUAUAUUAUGUUUGUGUAUUGGUUGAUUUAUUCGAUAGAGGUCCGACAACACCUCAUCUUUCACUAAUCACUUUCUUACAGUUUGAGCAGUAAUGAGGAUUAUUAGUGUGACUGCGAGGGUCCAGUUUUGCAGUAUAUUCUGUAGUAACUCAAUUUAUCUCAGAGGGUUAAAAUAGCAUAAUAGUUGCAGGGUUAAUCAAGAAUGUGAGAUACCUGGCUGUCAAACAGCUAAAUAACGAUGUAGCUGCCACUCAACAGUGACAAUCACAGGCUUCUCUAUACUACAUUGAAUUUGUAUCAGUGUUUCAUUUUACUGUGAACUGAACAUGUAUGGCAAGUCUUUUCUAGUUCUAUGUUGUGUGUUAUCACUGAUAUGGGUGGUACGCCGUGUGUGUGUGUGUGUGUGUGUGUGUGUGUGUGUGUGUGUGUGUGUGUGUGUGUGUGUGUGUGUGUGUGUGUGUGUGUGUGUGUGUGUGUGUGUGUGUGUGUGUGUGUGUGUGUGUGUGUGUGUGCGAAAGAAAGGGAGAAGGAGAGAGAGAGAGAGAGAGAGAGAGACAUUGAGUGAGAGUGAAGUUUGGUGUGCAUAAUCCAAAUAUGAAUGUUAUCUACUUAUCUAUUGUAAGACUGCAUUGCCUGAUCUUUUCUGCUGUCUUUUGUUACUGUUUGUUAUAUAAAAAAUAAACUGACAUUCACCUUUU